AUGGCCCAGAAAGUGCACACGGCCCAAGAGGACCCUGAAAGGCCAAGCAAUCUGCUUGGGUUUGGCAUGGGUGCUAUAAUGCUGGCUAAACUAGUAAAAGCACUCAUGCCAUCAUCAAUCAGCAGCAACAGCAGCAGCAGCAGCAACAGUAGUGGCAGUGGCGGUGAUUUCUUGUCAUCAUACGAUUCUGGAAGUACCUCCGAAUGCGACCUUGACAAUUCCCAUUGGAGUCUGUUUCCUUUCUACUACUGCGAUCGACUGCAAACGCAAUCCCUUACUGAGCAAAACCACUACACUCGGCCAGGCAAGCCCACUGGCUACACUAGGAUUGCAGAUGUGAUCCUUAAAUCAAACCUUGGCUUGGAAGAGGCCCACCUGAUUUCUGACAGAUCCAGUCUCGCUCUCUCUGCCUCUUAUGGCGGAGUAUAUUUCCAGGGUACAUGCAGGUACGAAGUCAGCAUGGACGUGGAUGUGGGCUGGGCUUGGGCUGUACACAGCAAGGUGUGGGUGUGGAUGGGCUGAGAGAUAGCCGCUAUGGCCGACUGGCUGACUGACGCGGGCGCGCCGCUGCUCUAUUCUACUAGAAUUGUCUCUGGUUGCGUGUCCGUAGCAGUAGGAACCAUUCCAGAGUUAGGCGAGAAACAGAGCAUUUGCUGAAUAUCAC